UCUAGGAGAAGCUUCAGAAGGGCUUACUAUGGGUUUGGAGUCGGGGAUGAUGGGUCCGUGGAUCUGGCCCUUGGGCUUCGGGGGCCUUCUCUGCUUCUUGGCUGCCGCAGGAAGCUCGGCUCAAGAAUUGCCUGCCCACCUCUUCUCAGAGGUCUUCUUCUGCCAGCCCGGCGACCCCUCCCUUGGCCUGGCCCAGACUCUGGACCAGGAACUCCUGUUCCACUUCAACUUCUCUACACAGCAGUGGCACUCCAUUUUGCCGGAUCUUCGGCCAGAGGAGGGCAACCACACCUCCUUGGAUCAGGUUCAGCUGCUCGGGAACAUCUGCCAGAUCCUCUUGGAGCCCCUCACCAACCUCUCGAAGCCCUACAUGCCGGAAGCCAAAGGGGCACCCCAGAUGGAUGUCUUCACCCUCCAGCCACUGGAGAUGGGCAAACCCAACACUCUAGUCUGUGCAGCCAACAACAUCUUCCCGCCGACAGUCAGCCUCCACUGGCAGCUGGACGGCCAGCCCAUCUCCAGCGGAGUGUCCACUCAAAGCCACGUCUCCCCGGUUCAAGGCUGGGUCUUCCAGGCCUUCUCUUACUUGGAGUUCACACCACAGGAAGGACAGGUCUACAGCUGCACUGCCAGGAGCCCCUCGGACCCUUAUUCCUCCGUGGCCUUUUGGGUCCCCAAGGACCCUCUUGACCCGGAGCUCCUGGCAAAUGUCCUGUGUGGCCUGGCCUUUGGCCUGGGCUUCCUCUUCUCCAUAGCAGGAGCUGUCCUCACCUUCAUGGCCCUCCGGCUCAGGAAUGCAGAGUGAUCUCCUCUGCAGCAAGGAGGAGCCUGCCUGCAGCAAGACAAAGCACCUGCCAAAGACAAGUGGCCUCAUUCCCUUCUGCCCCCCCUAACUCUAACCCUUUCUGCCCCUCCGGAAAGGCCUCCAGAUGAUGGGAACUCCACUCCAGAAUGAAUGCAGCAUGACCCUGCUUUCACUGCUGCAGCUCAGUGGAUCCUGGGAGCUACAGUUUGUCAGACAAGGUCCAAAACCUCAUACUACUACUACAACUCCCAAGAUUCCCUGACAUGGAGCCAUAGCGGUUCAAGGGGAGGCAGGAUAAGGGGACUCCAAAAGAGUCUAAAGGGGCCUUCCCAACACAGCUCUUCUGAGGUGCAUUUUAACUGAGACUCCCAUCAUCCCCAGCCAAUGGGGGGCAUGUGUGAGAAUCAUGGGAGUUGUAGUUAGGACUUCAUCCCAUUCUUGUAUAUGCCCUGAAUCCUCAGGGAAUCCCCGUCAUUACUGUAAAGUUGAGAGACCAAACUGGUCUCAAUCACAAUUGAUUCAAAGGGCUUAACCUCUAUCUUGCAGCCAUUAGAUGUACCUGCGAACAAGCCCUUGUGCCAUUUCUGUGAUGAGUGGUGAUCACUAAUUGACAGCAGUGGAAAAGUGAAGCGCCCAUCCUUAGAACCGAUGUGAACAUGGGCUAUUAAGAGUUGGGACCUGAUCACAGAGGACAAUGUUGUGAAAAGCUUUUUGAAAACUGGCAUUUCUAAUGCAUUGGAUGGAUCAGAAUAUGAUGCAUGGUGGGAGAGUGAUGGGGAGGGGAAAACAUCCCACAUGAACAGUACUGAGGCUCGAACAUCACGUUAUGAAAGCAGUGAGAGUGGCACAGAGACUUCCAACGAGGAAAUCUGAAAUGUUUAAGUACAUCUGUACAAUUUUGAUAGACCAGAAUUAACAGUUAGGGAGGGUGCAAGCUAUAACAAUUCCUUAAGUUUGUAGUAAUAAUUUCCAAAGUGCUGGAGCCCUUUCCCAAACUUUAUGUAUCAAUAAAAAUGUAACUUUU